GUUGGAGAGAGAGAGAGAGCAGGCGGGGAGCGCGAGCAGCAACGGGGAGAGAAGACCCGGUAGAGCGCGAGGAGGGAGAGAGAGAGAGAGAGAGUGAGCGAGAGAGAUCGAGAGAGAACGAGAGGAGAGAGAGAGCGACGACCGUCAGGGUCCGCGUGCCUAACGGACGGACGACACGGAAAGGGGGACGACUGAGAGCACAAGUGAUCGUCCAACAGAUAGAAAGACGGGCAGAUUGAAUGAAGCUGUACCUGGUGCUUCUUCAGGACCCUCCCAUGUUUUGAUUUGCUCCAUUUUCUACUUUCCAAACGUGGUUUCACCGAUCCUCUCACAGCCAUGCCGUCCAACAGUCCAGCAGCCGCCGAACCGCCGGAGACCCCAGAGAACGACACCAACAACGAUGUGAGUGAAGAUGGAGCAGACCAUGACAGUCCAGAGGAGGGGACGCCAGCCAGCCCCCGCACCAAGCGCAGAGUGGGACGUCCGGGCAGGAAACGUAAACAGCUGCUUCCUGAGAUGGCGACCUCUGACCCCUGUGCAAACGCACCCCCAACCCCGCCUGAGGACUCGGAGCCCUCCCCCUCCACUCGCAAGAAGCGCGGGCGGCGGAAACUAGAGCAAACCGAGAAGAAUAAGGACGAGCCAGACGACAGAAACUGCGACUCCCCCAGAGAGGGUGAAGCUGGCAGGCUGCGGAGGAGGCCGGUCCCCAGAGUGACUUUCCAGGCUGGAGAUCCGUACUACAUCAGCAGGAGACAGAAAGAAGAAUGGCUGAGCCGCUGGAAGAUGGAGGCGGAGCGGCGGGCGUACAUCGAGGCAGAGAUGAACAUGAUGGACGACCAAUCAGAAGCCAUCUUUCAGAAAGAGGAGGAGCCAUCAAGCCCGGCACCGCCCCCUUCACGACAACACACCGCCCCUGCCUCGCCAGCAGUUGCAGUGACACCAGAGCCCGGCGCCAGGGUAGAGCAGGCCACGCCCCGAGAGGUGGAGUACCAGGACGGCCGGGGUUUCGGUAUCGGUGUUCUGGUGUUCGGGAAGCUGCGAGGUUUCUCCUGGUGGCCCGGCAGGAUCGUCUCCUGGUGGAUGAGCGGCCGGAGUCGAGCUGCAGAUGGCACUCGCUGGGUGAUGUGGUUCGGAGACGGCAAGUUCUCAGUGGUGUGUGUGGAGAAGCUCAUGCUUCUGAGUUCCUUCUCAGCUGCCUUCCACCAACCUACCUACAACAAACAGCCCAUGUACCGGAAAGCCAUUUUUGAGGCUCUGCAGGUGGCCAGUGUCCGUGCGGGGAGGCCCGUUCCCUCCUGUGAUACGAGCGAAGAAGCGGAGGGGUUGGAGACACAGACCCGACAGAUGAUAGAGUGGGGUAUGACCGGCUUCCUACCCAACGGUCCAUCAUCACUGGAGCCUCCGGAGGAGGAACAAAAUCCAUGUAAGGAAGUGUACCCAGAGAUAUGGGCCGAGCCGGAGGCAGCAUACACGCCUCCACCCACCAAGAAACCACGCAAAAACUCAGCUGAAAAAGCAAAGAUCAGAGAGGUGAUCGACGAAGGGACCAGAGAGAGACUCAUAUGUGAGGUCAAAAAGAAAACCAGAAACAUAGACGAUAUCUGCAUCUCCUGUGGAAGCCUCAACGUCAGCAUCGAGCAUCCUCUGUUCGGAGGAGCCAUGUGUCAGGGCUGCAAAAACUCGUUCCUGGAGUGUGCCUACCAGUACGACGACGACGGCUACCAGUCCUACUGCACCAUCUGCUGCGGAGGCAGGGAGGUGCUCAUGUGCGGAAACAACAACUGCUGCAGGUGUUUCUGCGUGGAGUGCGUGGAUCUGUUGGUGGGGGCGGGCUCGGCGGCGGUGGCCAUUAAAGAGGACCCCUGGAACUGCUACAUGUGCGGCUCGAGAAGCGCCUACGGGUUACUGCGGCGACGGGACGACUGGCCCUCCAGACUGCAGCACUUCUUCGCCAACAACCACGAACAGGACUUUGAGCCAGCCAAGCUGUAUCCUCCAGUUUCGGCAGAGAAGAGGAAACCAAUCAGAGUUCUCUCUCUGUUCGACGGCAUUGCUACAGGUCUGUUGGUGCUGAGGGAUCUGGGGAUGCAGGUGGACAAAUAUGUUGCGUCCGAGGUGUGUGAGGACUCCAUUACUGUCGGCAUGGUCCGACACCAGGGCCGCAUCAUGUACGUGGGAGACGUACGCAACGUAACGCGCAGACAUAUCGAGGAGUGGGGACCAUUUGACCUGGUGAUCGGAGGAAGCCCCUGCAACGACCUCUCGAUAGUCAACCCCGCAAGGAAAGGCCUUUUUGAGGGAACCGGUCGGUUGUUCUUCGAGUUUUACCGCCUGCUUCACGAGGCUCGACCAAAAACAGGUGACGUACGACCGUUCUACUGGCUGUUUGAGAAUGUAGUCGCCAUGGGAGUCAGCGACAAACGGGACAUCUCCCGCUUCUUAGAGUGUAACCCGGUGAUGAUCGACGCCAAGGAGGUCUCGGCUGCCCACCGCGCUC